UCCCAGGCACCGAUAAAGCUGUUUUAGUUCCAUGCUGCUUCUAACAUAGCAGAGAAACUACUUGGGAAAAAAAACCACGAAGUUGGUUGUGAGAAUUUUGAAUUCAUCUAUUCAUUUUAUGGCUACCUAACAAUUUUUCUGGGGGGAAAAGCAUGUCAGGGAACUCUGGAUGCCCCUUCUUUCUUUGGGGACUUUUAGCCCUCUUCGGGUUGGCUCUGAUUAUAUCUCUCAUCUUCAAUAUUUCUCACUAUAUAGAAAAGCAGCGACAAGGUAAAAGAUACAGCUACUCUGAUGACUUCAUUCCAAGGAGUGAUGAAUAUGAUAUUGAAGACACUCCAAUUUAUGGUAACUUAGAUAGCAUAAUUCCAGAACCAAAGGAUGAAAAUUGCUACGAACAAAUGAAAGCCCGACCACAGAGAUCUGUAAAUGACAUGAAAGAAGCCACCCCACCUGUUGAGGUAGCUGCUGAAUCACAGAUGUGCUAUGCCUCACUUAAUCAUAGCUACAAGGGGAAAUGCAGGAAGCCCAGGAAACAGAACAUCCACUUGACAGACGGGGAUACACAUGAGCAAUUACCUGCGAGGGAUGCCAGUGUUAUGAGAACUAACUUGGUAGAUAGUUUCUCACCAGAAAGCCAGGAAAUAGAGGAAAAUAUUCAUGAUGAUCCCAUACGACUAUUUGGGUUGAUCCGUGCUAAGAGAGAACCUGUAAACUAACUAGACUGUGAUCUAGUUCAAUGCAAUGCUUUUGU